CAGGCGCAGCCGAUGGAGCCCGGCCUCGGCCCGCACAAGGACUCCGUCUCGGGAGACGUGGCCAUGCGAGCGCUGCUCCUGGCCCUGCUGCUGCAGGCGGGCCUCUCCCACGUCCCAGAAAGGGAGAAGGACCCGCAGUUCUGGCGACGCCAGGCCCAGGAGACGCUGCAGCGGGCGCUGGGCCUGCAGCGGCUCAACACCAACGUGGCCAGGAACAUCAUCCUCUUCCUGGGGGACGGCAUGGGGGUCUCCACGGUGACGGCCGCACGCAUCCUGAAGGGGCAGCUGCAGAACCAGAACGGGGAGGAGACGCUCCUGGAGAUGGACCGCUUCCCCUUCGUGGCCCUGUCCAAGACGUACAACACCAACGCCCAGGUCCCUGACAGCGCGGGCACCGCCACGGCCUACCUGUGCGGGGUGAAGGCGAACGAGGGCACGGUGGGCGUCAGCGCCGCCGUGACGCGGGCCCAGUGCAACACCACGGCGGGCAACGAGGUCACCUCCAUCCUCAAGUGGGCCAAGGCAGCGGGCAAAUCCGUGGGCAUCGUCACCACCACGCGGGUGAACCACGCCACCCCCAGCGCCGCCUACGCCCACUCCGCCGACCGGGACUGGUACUCGGACAACGAGAUGCCCGCCGAGGCGCUGCAGCAGGGCUGCAGGGACAUCGCCCGCCAGCUGGUGGAGAACAUCCCGGACAUCGAGGUGAUCAUGGGCGGCGGCCGGAAGUACAUGUUUCCCAAAAACACCAGUGACGUGGAGUACCCCAACGAGGAGAAGUACCGGGGGACGCGGCUGGACGGCAGGAACCUCAUCGACGAGUGGAGGAAGACGAAGCCGAGCGGCAAGAGCGCCCAUUAUGUGUGGAACCAGACCGAGCUGAUGAAGCUGAACCUGAGCAAGGUCGACUACCUGUUGGGCCUUUUCGAGCCCAUCGACCUGAUGUAUGAGCUGAACAGGAGCAACAAAACAGACCCUUCCCUGACGGAAAUGGUCCGGGUGGCCCUUAAAAUCCUGCAGCGGAACCCGCUCGGGUUCUUCCUGCUCGUGGAAGGGGGCAGAAUCGACCACGGGCACCACGAAGGAAAGGCCAAGCAGGCGCUGCACGAGGCUGUGGAGAUGGACCGCGCCAUCGGCCUGGCGGAUCGCGAGACCUCCUCGCAGGACACGCUGACCGUGGUCACGGCCGACCACUCCCACGUCUUCACGUUCGGAGGCUACACGCCCCGCGGCAAUUCCAUUUUCGGACUGGCCCCGAUGCAGAGCGAUGUGGACAGAAAGCCGUUCACCUCCAUCCUCUACGGGAACGGACCAGGGUACAAGCUGGUUGCCGGAGAGAGGGAGAACGUUUCCACGGUGAACUUCACGGAUGCCAACUACCAGGCCCAGUCCGCCGUGCCGCUGCGCAUGGAGACCCACGGCGGGGAGGACGUGGCCGUCUUCGCCAAGGGCCCGAUGGCGCACCUGCUCCACGGCGUCCAUGAGCAGAGCUACAUCCCGCACGUCAUGGCCUACGCCGCCUGCCUGGACGAGGGCAAGCCGCACUGCCGCUCCGGCGCCCCCGGCGGGCCCCGCGCCCUCCUGCCCGUGCUCCUCUGCUCGCUUCUGCUCCGACACCUGUUCUGAGGACCGUCCGGGAGCGCCUGCGUCCCUUUUCCUCCUGGACCACUUGCCCCAGCUGGACCGAACGGGGCUCCUCCCCACACAGAGACUUCCUGUCCAAACUCCCAGCUCGGACUUUGAGGGCACCAGGCACAGCCGGA